UCGACGCAAUUUUUCUUAGAAACAGCGUAAAGAGAGAGGAGAAAAUAAAAACAAAUUACAAAUGACUAGCAGACAGAGAGAGAAGACCGAGUAAUAGAGGAAAAAGCAAACGAACCUUCAUCCAACCAAAUCAAAGGUAGACGUUUCUUUGUGAUCGACGAGAGCUUUCAAGCUUUGGGACAACUAAAAGGGAGACUCACACACAGAGAGAGGGCGAGAGACAGAGGGUAGAUUGAAGUUUCUAAUGGGCCAAGCUUUUCGCAAGCUCUUCGAUACCUUCUUCGGCAAUACCGAGAUGCGGGUUGUGAUGCUCGGCCUGGAUGCUGCUGGCAAAACAACUAUACUGUACAAGUUGCACAUUGGAGAAGUUUUAUCAACUGUUCCUACGAUUGGUUUCAAUGUGGAGAAAGUUCAGUAUAAGAAUGUAAUAUUCACCGUUUGGGAUGUUGGUGGACAAGAGAAGUUGAGGCCACUCUGGAGGCAUUACUUUAACAAUACUGAUGGGCUGAUCUAUGUCGUUGAUUCUUUAGACCGAGAGAGAAUUGGAAAAGCAAAGGCAGAAUUUCAGGCCAUCAUCAAGGAUCCAUUUAUGCUCAACAGUGUUAUUUUGGUGUUUGCCAAUAAACAAGACAUGAAAGGAGCAAUGACACCGAUGGAAGUAAGUGAAGGACUAGGUCUCUUCGGUCUAAAGAACAGAAAAUGGCACAUACAAGGGACUUGUGCGCUUAGGGGAGAUGGGCUUUAUGAGGGCUUGGACUGGUUGGCUGAAACUCUAAAGGAGAUGAAAGCUGCUGGAUACUCUUCAGUCGGCACAUCCUCUUUCUAAUUCUCGAGCAGGGUAUUGCGUUGCCUCGGUUUUGUUGAUAAAGCUGAAGCGUACGCCUUUUGGACAUGGAAGAUCCUGACCUGUAUCAGAUUUUGGGCUGUUCUAAAGCAAAUGAAGUUUAGUAGGUUCUUACUUCUGGUCGUGACAUUCGAAAACAUGUGGUUUUCCUCCAAUGUAAAUUGCAAAUACAGGUCUCGCCAUUGAUAAAUGUGAUUGGAAUCAGGGGAUCUAUGUAUUGUUUGAAUGUCCCCUAGAAUACUGUCUGCGUAUAUUCUUAAAACCAUAUAGAUAGUUCAUGACGUUUCUCCUC